AUGGCAUCAGAAGACGAGGAAGACGAAGUGUAUGCGUAUUCGGCAGGUGAGCUAGACGACGAAGACGAAGAGCAAUGCACAGAUGGAAAGGAGGAAGACGACGACGUCGAGUGGGAGAAUGUCGACUCGUCGCCGCUGGCAGCAGACGCUCUAACUGCCCGCCCCAGUGCUGCACCGUACCCUCCGGACCCUGUUGCUGUACAUUCGGACGACAUUUGUCCAAAUGUACCCGCCACCAUCGACACACAACCGAAGCGGGCGCAAGUCGACUGGGACCACGUGAACCGCUCGCUUGCGGACAAAGACGCAGCAGUAGCAGCCGCAUCGGUUGCGUGCAAGAGACGGCGGCCGUGUCUGCGUCUCACGCGGGACGAAAGGAAGCGGGAAACGGCGCUGCACCAGACGCAUCUGCUGCUUUUGCUGGCGCUUCGGAUCAAGUGGACCCGAUGGAGCUGCCACAAGUUGCUCCAAGGACUGCUAUUGUCGCUGGCAACAGCAAGUGACGUGGACUUUUGUGCCGAAGUGAAGCAGCGACCCUGUGCGUACUCGCUGGCGCUGCUCGUUCGGUGGUUUGGUCACGCGUUUGAGCUAAGCAGUGAACCGAGCAAAGCACUGGACACGGAGGUGGUGACGGAGGCGGCGCUUCUGAGCGUGUUUUUUGCUCGGAGAGGACGAGACGUUGAGCUGGCUCUGUUGUUCGCAGCGCUGUGUGGAGCCCUGCAGCUUCGGUACCGUGUGACGUGGGCACUGGAUCCGCUGCUGGUGCAGAAAGGCAAGGUGUUUGAAUCGUCGUUUCGACGCAAAGUCGGCAAACGUCCCCGACGUUCACGGACGAUCGCAACUACGCUGCUGAAUCGAAAGAGACGGCGGUCAGACGAGAGCGACGAGGAGAAGGAGACUGGUGACAAGGCACUGGACUUGACAAGUGACGAGACUGUAGGUCAAGUGUUUUGGUUGUGGUGUGAAGUGCUGGAUGAAAAAACCAAAAGCUGGAUCCAUGUGGAUGCGGUCCGCCGACUUGUUGACCGUCCGCGGGAUGUCGAGCCGCUGCGCGGUAAAGCGUUUCGUUUCUCGUAUGUGAUCAGUAUCCAGGACGACGGCCUGCUUGUGGAUGUAACAGCACGGUACGCUGUGCACUGGAGCAAGAGCUUGGCAUUGCGUCUUGCAGAUUCGUGGUUGGAGCGUGUGCUGGAACAGAUAAAUGACGAUACGAACAGCCAGUACGAUGAGAAUAGAGCAGCAUGGAUACGAUCACGAGCAAAUGUCGCAGCCGAUGCUACUGCUGAGGAAAAGAAAGCGCUAGAGACACUAAAGUUGGCCGAAGGCAUGCCCACGAGUGUCGAAGGGUUCCGGAAGCACCACUUGUACUGCCUCGAGCGCCAUCUAAGUCGCUCAGAGUGUCUCCACCCACGCAAAGUGGUUGGAUUGUUUAACGGUCAAGCUGUCUUUUUGCGGAAACACGUGCAGCCUGUCCGAUCUGCCUUCAAGUGGCGACGUCUCGGCCGAGUCGUGAAAGACGAGGAGCGUCAGAAACCUGCACGAUGGCAGUCCCGGGACGGGUCACUUUCUGGCUGCAACGGCAGCAGUGACGACGUUUGUGGAAGUGAUCGAGACGGCACGAAGGACACCUCGUCACUCGCCCUCUAUGGCUUGUGGCAAACAACCGAGUUCGGGCCUCCGCCCGUAGUAGAUGGCCGCGUUCCGAAGACCAAGUAUGGCAACAUUGAGAUCUGGAGUCACGCCCAUGUUCCUCGUGGUGCGGUGCACCUCCAAUUGCCUCGGAUCGAUGCACUCGCCGAGUCCUUAGGAGUGGAUUUUGCUCCUGCUGUUGUGGGCUUUGAGGUUCGCAAGGGGCGGACCGUGCCGAAGAUCGCAGGCAUAGUAGUCGCACAAAGCCAUGAAGCCAUGUUGCUGGACGCCCACGCCGAGAAGCAGCAGCAGACGAUCGAGAAGGCGAUAGCGUAUAACCGGAAACUCGUGCUCCGACGCUGGGCGAAGCUCACCAAGCGGCUGUUGUUACGGCAGCGACUGGAAGACGACUAUGGAGCGGUCGGGCAUUGA